AUGGCUCCAAAAUGGAAGAAACAACGUGUAAAUAAGCCGGUUAAAAUAAAAGAGGAAGAGGAAGAGAAAGAGGAAGAUUCUAUAUCUGAUGAUUCAUAUUUUGAAGAAAUUCAUAAACCAAAUCAACCAAAAUAUAAUUCUUUUCAAUCACAAUCAAAUUCACAACAAGCUCAAUCACCAAAUUCUAAUAUAAAUAGCAUUCCAUGGAAAGAGAAAUAUAAACCAGAAAGUACCAAAGACAUCUGCAUAAAUAAGAAGAAAUUAAACGAGGUCAGAGAAGCAUUAUCAAAAAUGAUUCGAAAUGAAUCAAAUGUCAAACUUUUAGUAUUAUCUGGCCCCAGUGGGUCUUCAAAAACCACGACUGUGAAAUUAUUAACUAACGAAUUAUUACCAAACAAUGACAUAUUUGGAUCAAGUUUGAUUGAAUAUAAUGAAUCUGAGAAUUUCAACAAUUUUUUAAAUGAAUGUAAAUAUAAACAAAAUUCAGUUAUUUUAAUAGAUGAAUUACCAAACAUAUAUCAUAUUGAAACAUUGAUUAAUUUUAGAAAUGGAUUAAAAAAUUGGAUAUAUUCAGAUAUAAAAUUACCUCCUAUAAUUCUAAUUGUCUCCGAAUUUGAAUAUGACAAUUUGGAUAAUUUAAAUAAUACAAGUUUUGGAGUUGAGAAUAAUUUAAGUGUAGAAACACUAUUAACUAAAGAAAUCACCAGUCUUUCAUCAGUAAAAACUAUAAAAUUUAACUCAAUUGCAAAUAAAUUUUUAAAUACUACAAUUAGUAAAAUUAUAAAAUGUGAACAAUUGAAUAGAAAAGUUGAUGUUGAAUUAAUGAAUCGAUUUUUAUUUGAAUUGUUUCAAGUUGGUGAUAUUAGAUCAAUUAUUAAUAAUUUUGAAAAUUGGAUCAAAUUCGAUAAGAAAGAUAAUAUUGAAAAUUGUCAAUUCUUACGUGAAAAUUCCUUAAAUUUAUUUCAUGCAAUUGGAAAGAUAAUAUAUUCUACAAAAACAGGAGAAAAUGGAUUAGACAAAGAUGUCUUAUCAAUAGAUCAAGUAUUGAAUAAUUAUCCUGAAAAAAACUCAAAUUUAUUAAGUUUAUCCUUGCUUGAAAAUUACAAUAUUUAUCAAGAUGGGAAAUAUGAUAUAAAUAUAGCUGCAGAUAUCGUUGAUAAUCUAAGUAUUAAUGAUGUACUAGGUGGUAAUGGAGAACUAGGCAUUAUAUCAACAAGAAUUAAUCUAAGUAAAAUUGAAAAAAUUAAAAAUCAACCUCAAUUUAUGAAAAUGAAAUAUCCAAGACAUUUUAAAAUGUUAAAAAUGUAUAAUAAAACAUGGAAUCAAAUUCAAAAUUAUAAAAAAUAUUUAAUUGAACCAAAGUUGGGUUUUAUAAAUUUUCAAACUUUAAAUUUAAUUGAUGGUUAUUAUAUUCCAAUGAUAUAUAAUAAGAAAAAAAGAUCAAGAGUGAAUUAUAAUCGACUUGGUGGUAAAUUUAGUUAUAUUGGUGCUGAUGAUCAACUCACAGUUGAUGAAGAUAUAAAUAUACCCUAUGAAGUUGACCAAUUCCAAGUUGAAAUAGAUGCUAGAAUACAAGGUAAAGAAGAGAAAAAUGAUAUAGAAGAUUACUUAAGUGAUCCAAUUCUGGAUUCAGACGAAGGUUUUUCAUCAGAUGAUGAAUUAAAUUAUUUAAUGACUCAAGGUAUUAUACCAUAA